AUGCCAUCUAAAACAUUUUCAAGCUUGAAUAAGUUUAAAGGAAAGCGCCGGCGAUCCAGAACUGUUCUUCGCGAGGUCAACAGAUCGACUGAUAAGUUAGAAACGUCGUUUGAUGUUAUUGUUAGUGGUGACAGCAGUGACCUAGAUCUACAUGACAAGGUGGUUGAUAGUAAUAAUGGUGAUAGUAAUUUUCAAGAAUCAGCUACUGAGAAGAAGUUGAGUAAAUUCCAUCAUGAAAAUUUAGAUGAAGAAGACUUGUGUGGAUACAGGAUUGUUGAUGUUUCAUUCUUAAAAUCUUUAAUUUCACAAUUGCAGUGUCCAAAAUGCAACAAUAGUCUUGAGAAUUGUGCCUUAGAAGAAGAAAACAACAGAGGUCUGUCUUCUAAAUUUGAUGUGAUUUGUUCUGCUUGCCAGGUUGUUAUAUCUAGUGCCAGCACCUCCAAACGACUUAAAGAUGUGAAUGAAUCCAAUAGGCCUAAUACAACAGGAUUUGAUGUUAACAGAAGGUGUGUUAUGGCUAUGAAAGAGUUAGGUGUUGGGAAAGCGGAUCUGGAUAAACUUUCAAAAGUGUUUGAUAUGCCAUCAAGUCUCGGAAAAGAAGCUUUUACAAAACAUCUAAAGAAGUUAGAAGCAGCUAGUUCUGAAUCAGCUCAAGAUCAUCUUCAAGAAACUUCUAAAAUUAUAUGUAAAGCGUACACAGAAGUUCAUCCAGAUUAUGAAGACGAGGAUAUCAUUGAUAUUGAUGUAGUUUCUGAUGGAACUUGGCAGAAACGAGGAUUUUCUUCGAAGUACAACGUAACAGUUAUAACAGAUUUGCUGACUGGACUUGCUCUUGAUUUUGAAGUCUUGACAAACUACUGCCAUGUUUGUGCCAAGAACAAGAUGGAUAAAUCUUCGAUAGAGUAUGGCGAAUGGCGCAUCACAGCUCUUAAUGACGGAAAUGGACCAUAUGGUAGAGAACAUCCCGUCGAAAAUGAAGAUUGUGUGAACCAUAUAAGCAAGAGAAUGAAGAAUGGUCUUGAUACAGUCAUAACCAAACUUAAAGCCCAGGGUGAACCGAUAGAUGGAAAGGGUCGACUUACCAAAGAAAGAGUAAAGGCAAUUCAAAAUUAUUAUGGAAGAGCCAUCAAAGACAAUGCUGGAGAUUUAGAGGUUAUGUACCGGAGUACUUGGGCCAUUUACCUUCAUCACUUUGAUGAUGAUGAAAAUCAGCAUCACAGAUGCCCAUCUGGUCCAGAAUCUUGGUGUUGGUACCAAAGACAGCUAGCUAGAGGUAUAUCAACACCUUCAAGAGGAGAGCACACCGCACCCCUACCACAACGUAUUUCACAAGCAAUUUUGUCAGUGUUUGAGAGGUUAUGUAGCAAAACCCUGCUGUCUGGUUGUAUCAGAGGAGCGACACAAAAUGCAAAUGAGUCAUUCAACCAACUGAUUUGGAAACAAGCUCCAAAACAUCGCUUCACUAGCUACCAGUCUGUUUGUCAUGCUGUGAAUUUAUGCUGUAUGGAAUUCAACAAAGGUAGUAAAUCAGCACUCAUAGUAAUGGAGAAGGCAGGACUAGUCCCCAGUUGUAAUGCUGAAAACUUUUGUUUGAAAAGAGAUGCUGAAAGAAAACGCCAGUCACUAUUUCAAGGCACAGAGAGAUUCAAGAAAAUAAGGAAAUCUAAAGAAUUAGAAUUUUUGAAGUCAGAUUGA